UGUAGCUUGGAAGAGAAAAUAUCAUCAAUGAUGAGCGAAUGUUUCUUGCAGCUUUUGAAAGCCUUCAACUGCACGCACGAUAUGCAUUGUUUGGAAGGCCAUCUACUUGCAGAUUAGUACAACUCUAUUUAAUCUCCAACCAGCCAUGUGAUUCUUCCGCAGGAGACAAUGGCUACUAAUAAUUCUCAGUGUUUUUGGGGCCUUUUUCUUGCACUUUCACUUUAUUUUACUCACUCAACUUCCACACCUCAUGUUUAUAUAGUCUAUUUGGGGCACAACUACAAUGUUCAUGUUCCUCACCUCACCUCAAACCAUCAUCUUCAUCUCCUUUCCAAAGUUUUUGCAAGUGAAGAAGAUGUUAAGCAAUCCAUGCUUUAUAGCUACAAGCACAGUUUCUCGGGGUUUUCAGCUAAGCUCAAUUCUUCUCAAGCAACCGCCUUGGCCCAGAUGGAAGAAGUGAUAUCAGUGUUUCGAAGUGAGACAAUGCAGUUGCACACAACUAGAAGCUGGGACUUCUUAGGCCUUACCUUAAGCAGUAGCAGCACUAGUCCUGAAGGGACUCCAUUGCAACAAGCCUAUGGUGACGACAUCAUUGUUGGGGUCUUCGAUACAGGUAUAUGGCCUGAAUCCGAUAGUUUCCAGGAAGAGCCACGGAUGAGGCCUAUCCCCUCAACUUGGAAGGGAGGGUGUGCUAGAGGAGAAAUGUUUGAGCCAGAAAAAGCAUGCAACCGCAAGCUAAUUGGUGCUCGCUACUACCUCAAAGGUUUUGAAGAAGAAUAUGGGCCGCUAAACAAGAGUGGGAAUCCAGAAUAUCGAUCAGCUAGAGAUUUUUUAGGUCAUGGUACACACACAGCCUCAACAGCAGUGGGUUCAAUAGUGAAAAACAAUGCAAGUUUCUUUGGCUUAGCCUCAGGAACCGCUAGGGGAGGAGCACCGAGGGCUCGUCUAGCAGUGUAUAAAGUAUGUUGGGGAAAGGACUAUGAUGGGAGGUGCUCUGAAGCAGACAUUCUUGCAGCUUUCGAUGAUGCUUUGCACGAUGGAGUUCACGUGAUAUCAGCGUCGUUUGGAUCAAAGCCGCCAUUGUUGCCGCUGUUUAUAUCACAAGCUGCAAUUGGUUCAUUUCAUGCAAUGCAGUUAGGUGUUAGUGUGGUGUUCUCUGCAGGUAAUGAAGGGCCAGAUCCCUCACAGGUCUCAAAUGUUGCUCCUUGGGGAAUUUGUGUAGCUGCUUCCUCUGUUGAUCGAAUGUUUCCAACCCGAAUAAUCCUAGACAAUAAGCUCUUUGUUAUGGGGGAAAGCUUUAUUACCACACCUAUUAAGGCAAAAUUAGCAGAUGCAACCACAUAUUUUGUCAAUGGGGUUUGCAGGCCAGAGAAUUGGAUAAAAUCAAAGUUUGCGGUCGGAAGAGUAAUUCUAUGCUUCUCAAGCAUAGGACCAUACGAAAUUGAUGAGGCAGAAGUAGCUGCCAAGAAAGCGAAUGCAACGGGUUUGAUCUUUGUGGAAGCUGAGACGAGGCAGGUUGAUAUCGACAUCAUUCCCUCAGUCCAUGUCAACCUUGACCAGGGGACUAAAAUCAAGCACUAUCUUGCUCAAUCUCCCACGAAACCUGUCGUGCAGAUAGAAGCUAGUAAAACUGUCAUCGGUAAGUCUCCAGCGCCUAGAGUUGCAUACUUUUCUUCGAGAGGACCAAGCUCACUUGCACCUGAUAUUCUCAAGCCAGACAUAAGUGGUCCAGGGGUCAAUAUAUUGGCAGCAUGGCCUCCUCAAACAUCUCCCACUUUGACACUUGAUGAUAAACGUUCUGUGAGCUGGAAUUUUCAGUCAGGAACAUCAAUGUCAUGCCCUCAUGUGUGCGGAGUCGUUGCCCUUAUCAAAUCUGCCCAUCCAAAUUGGUCUCCUGCAGCCAUUAGAUCUGCUCUCAUUACAACAGCAAACACGAGGGACACAUCCCUUGACAGCAUUCUAGCAGAUGGAUCAACGAAAGCCUCCGAUCCCUUUGACAUUGGUGCCGGCCAUAUUGACCCCAUCAAAGCCAUGGAUCCAGGCCUCGUUUACGACAUGAAAACACGCGAUUACAUUCUGUUCCUCUGCAACAUUGGCUACACCGGUGAUCAAAUCAAUAAGAUUGUUCUUUGCUCUCCCGGAACUGAUACAAGCUGUCCUCAAGUGCCAACUUCAAAUUCCCACAUAAACUACCCCUCCAUCACAGUUUCCAAUCUCCAAUACACCGUGACUAUCAAAAGAAGCGUCCGUAACGUGGGGAAAAAUAAGAAUGCGAUUUAUUUUUGUACCGUUUUGGAACCUGAUGGAGUAGAGGUACAAAUAUGGCCUAGAGUUUUGAUAUUUUCAUGGUUCAAACUAGAAAACACAUAUUAUGUGACGCUCAAACCGCAUAAGAAGUCUCAAGGGAGAUAUGAUUUUGGAGAAAUAGCGUGGUCCGAUGGCUUCCACAAGGUCAGGAGUCCCUUGGUUGUAUCUGUCAACACUACAUGCUGCGACUCUUAUGAAUAUUUGCAUCACUCCUAUUAUCGUAAUUUAAGCUCAUUUUAAAUGUCGUUGAGAACUAUUAUCGGCACUCUAGAAAGUUAUUCUGCACUCGAUGUGCACGACGACUUUCAUCAAUAACAACUCACUACAUUGGUUUUUUGUUUUUAUAUUUUUCAAUUCUAGGGGAUAAAUUUAGUUGUAACAUUUCUAUCAUUAUGGACAAUAAAGUAAUAAACAAAACGUCCUGAGUCAUGUUUUAUGA